AGUUAGGGAGCCACCAUAUAAAGGCUCCUGACACCGGUGACCUCACAGUGCUGGCCAGCGACGAUCUAUGAUGAGGCUGCUCCUUGUGCUCCUGUUUUUCACUGCUCUGUUCACUGACUUGGCCUGGGCCCUGCAUUGCCACGUGUGCUGUGGCCACGAGAACUGCGAGUCUCUGGUGGAAUGCUCCACGACUGACAAGUACUGUGUGAUUACCAGGGCGACCAACCCCUCGGGCAUCCUGGUCAUGAAGUCCUGUGCCCCGACAUGCCCCAACAGCACCCUGUCAUCUGAUGGUCGCACCCUCUCCGUCUCCUGUUGCCAAGGCAGCGAGUGUAACCGCAGCUCAGCUGUGGGCCUGGCCGGUGGUCACAACACCCUGUGGGCCAGCGCCUCGGUUAGCCUGCUGUGGGUGUUGCUUCGGGCAGCCUGGUGAGCCACCCUCCACGGCUGAACCUUCUCACCAGUCCUCUCCCAGCCUGGACUCAACCUGCCUGCACCGUUCCCGUUCCCUGCACCCCUACCCUGGCAGGAAAGGGACCCCAGACUACCUGCUCCUCUUCCUGCUCCCUCCCAGACUAUACCCAGUUCCCCCCCCCCCAGAUUCCUGCCCCAUUUCUCCCCCUGCUAGAGGGACAUCUCCAGCUGGGAAGCCCGGAGGGGACGCACCUUCCAAAGGACCACAGCUCCAGGAGGCUCUCAGCAAUCCCAUGAUGGGCCCUAGGGCCCGCUGGCCAUUUGGGGAUAGGAUAAGUACCCUGAUUCUCCCCUGCACCCUCCUCCCCAUCUCAGGGGGAAAACCCUCCCAGGAAGAACCCUCUGUUCCAUGACACCUAUCCUGUUGGCCUCCUCUUAUGCUCCUUCAUGUGUUCAGUCAUCCAUUUACUCAUUUAUUUAUUCAUUCAUCCAUUUACCUCCACUCUCCCAUCCACUCUUCCCAUCACAAACUCACUGGGGUUGUCUUGUGGCCAGGCAUUCAGAGGGUAUUUAACUGGGACCUGCCACCCAGAACUGCCACUCAGGAACCCAGCAUGCUGUCUCCAUCCAGACCAGGAAAGAGGCAAAGGCUUUCAGAAAGCCCCCAGGGUCCCCUGAAAACCCCUGCAUGUGAAUUCAAGUUUUUGAAAUGGUGUCCUGGCUGCAAGAGAAGAGUGGGCAGGGUCGCCGGGGGUUGGUGUGGGACUGGGGUUGGGGUUCAUUUACACUGGAUAUAGAAGGGCCCCUACCUCCUCAUCCCAAUCACCCUCUGCCAGCUACCUCUGGGGCCACAAAGGAAGAAUAAAGUGGCACAUCCUGUAUAGUCA